AUUAUCUUCUCUGUUUUUAGAUUUUCCCUGACCUGUACCAUCUUGAACAUCGCAAGGUGGCUAAAAGAUCUCUUCGGCCUAAUGCCCAUCAUCAUGAGAAACUUAUUACAGAAAAACAGGUCAAAUGGGCCAAACAGCAGAGAGCGAGGAGAAGACGGAAAAGAGAUUUCCAGACCCGAAAAGACCUGGGAAUCUCCGACGAAAAACAGAUUUACCUCAACGACCAGAGGUGGCCACAAAUGUGGUAUCUCAACCGAGGUUCCGGACUAGACAUGAGCGUUGAAGGAGCUUGGAAGGAAGGUAUCACCGGGAAAGGUAUCGUUGUCACAAUUCUCGAUGACGGACUUGAGAAGGACCAUCCUGACCUGAAGGAAAACUACUAUGAGAAUUUGAAUACUCAAAGGGAUAGCAAAUUAAUAGGGAAGUGGAAGUGGGGAGGUGGAAUGGCCAGUGAACCGUGUAGAGAAGUUGGGACGCAGCGGUGA